AGCUGUCAUUAUCUGAUUGUUUCAACAAUUUAAAUUUAUUGAAAUGUCAGUUCAGAAAGUGAAAAUGGCGAGAAAAACUAUAAUGUUAAAGUGUUUUCAAGAAAGAGAAAAAUCCAUGGAAGUUACAACAAAUGCGAUUAAUUCCUUAGAAUCGGAUUUACAUUGUAUCCUGAAUUCGGUGCAACGAAAAUUAUCUUUACAAGAAUUAUUUGGAAUCGUGGAGAACCUACAUAAUACCCAUCGCCAUGUUUUAUAUGAAAAACUUAAUGGUAUUCUGGAAGAGGUAUUAACACAAAAAUUGGAAUAUUUACUAAAUAAUACCGACCAAUUGUUGUUCAUUUUCAACAAUAUAUGGAUAGAAUUUUGUACAAACAUUGCAACAGUCAAAAAUAUUUUUUUGAAAUGUGACAGAUCAUCCCAAAACAGCAACAAAUAUAAUACCGUCCAUCAACUCACUACUAAUUUAUUCAAAAAUAUUAUAAUGGGAAACCACAAAAUUAAAAAUUGUUUAACGACCGGAAUUUUGGAAGUUAUUUAUAAGCAAAGAAGAGGAAAUGCUAUUGACGUUGAUUUACUAAAAUCGCUUUUGGAAAUGUUGAACGAACUGCAAGUAUAUUCAAAUAUGUUUCAAAAUGAAUUUUUAAAAAACACUAAAAUAUUUUAUCUCGACGAGGGUAGCGUUUUAAUUAACGCUAUAGAUAUACGGGCAUAUUUAAGACAUUGUCAUGCUAGAAUAAAAGAAGAAUUGAUUAGAGGACAACUGUAUCUAAAAAAAUCUACAUCAAACGCAGUUUUAGAACUCCUAACAGAAAAUUUAAUAAAAGAACGCCUUCCAGAAAUAUUGGCAAAAAUAUUUAUUUUAUUAGAUAAAGGCGUCGUAGAUAAAAUCGAUUUGAAAAUAUUAUACGAUUUAGUAAGAAAAGUUAACGUCGGUUUGAAUAACCUCAUUGUCCACUUCAUAGAAUUUAUUAUGAAAAGAGGAAAUUUCAUCGUGAGUAAACCGGAAAAUGAUAAAUACAUGAUACAAGAGUUGUUGGAUUUAAAAGAUGAGUUGGAUGAUAUUGUUGAACAUGGAUUCCAAGCUAACGAUAUUUUCAACGAUAUUAUAAGAAAUUGUUUCGUGAAAUUCAUGAAUAGUAAGCAGAAUAAGUUGUCUCAAUUGUUAGCGAAAUACGUUGAUUUGAAAUUGAAAUCGAGAGAUAUAUCAGAAGAGCAACUAGAUAACGUUUUUGACAAAGUAAUGGUACUGUUUAGAUACAUUCAAGGGAAAGAUAUUUUCGAAGCUUUCUACAAAAAAGAUUUAGCAAAAAGAUUACUAUUGGGAAAAUCUACUAGUCAAGAUGCUGAAGAUAGUAUGAUCGGCAAAUUAAAAGCGGAAUGCGGCACGGGAUUUACUUCAAAAAUAGAAGGGAUGUUUCAAGAUAUUAACAUCAGUCAAAGCAUGAACAACGCUUUCAAGCAACAUUUAUGUCAUACGUGCUCUCCAAUAUCCUCCGAUCUUUGUAUCAACGUACUAACUAGUAGUUUUUGGCCAAAUUAUCCCACUUUCAAAGUGAAUUUACCCGCAGAAUUGAUCAACUUUCAAGAUACUUUCCAGAAGUUUUACUCUAUCAAUCAUAGCGGAAGAAAAUUGUUUUGGCAACCAAAUUUGGGGCAUUGUAUUGUGAAAGCAUAUUUCGAAAACGGUAAAAAAGAACUGCAAGUUUCCCUAUUGCAAACUAUAGUUUUAUUACUAUUCAACGAUUCUCAAAAAUUAACGUUCAGGGAAAUAUACGAAAUCACAAACAUCGAAAUGGAGGAAUUGAAAAGAAUAUUAAUAUCUUUGGUUUACGUUAAAAAUAGAGUGUUAUUGAAACAAUCAAAAACCAAAGAUAUAGAACCCGAAGAUACAUUCUGCAUCAAUACUAAAUUCACUGAUAAAUUAUUCAGAGUUAAAAUUAAUCAGAUUCAGUUGAAGGAAACUGUUGAAGAACAACAAGCAACUGAAAAAAGUGUCCUUGUCGAUAGGCAGUUUCAAAUAGAUGCAGCGAUUGUGAGAAUAUUGAAGAAUAAAAAGAAGAUCGGGCAUAACGAGUUGAUUUCUGAAUUGUUCAAUAAUUUAGAUAUACCAGUGAAACCGUACGAUUUGAAGAAGAGGAUUGAACUUUUGAUCGAAAGAGAGUAUAUAGAUAGAGAUAAAGAUGAUCCAAAUAGUUAUAUUUAUAUUGCUUAAUGUACACCAAUACUUAGAGUUUGACAUUUUUCCCAAUAUGUAUUGUAUUUACCUUAUUUAUGUAAUUCCUAUUGAAUAUGUUCAAAAUCUUAUUUAAUCUAUCUUAAACACUUCGCAUCAUAUACGGGGUGGCCCAUUAUUGUGUGGAAGUGCAAUAACUUAAGAUAAAAUUAAAUAAAAGUUGUUAUAUUAGCACAGAUACACAUUUCGAAAAUAUUUUGAGCUGUAAGUGUGACAAUAUGAAGCGAAAGUUUUUUAAAUAAGACACCAUGUAUAUUUGUUUAUCAUCGAAUUUAGCGUAAAACUCUGCUUGUA